AUGUGGAACUGUAGCACGCCAAUACCAAAUGCCCAUCCUCGAAUAGGAACUCCAAUGCCUUACUCUUCUCAAUCUAAACAAAGCUCAGCAUCUCAUUCAAGCACCCCCUCAUCCCUAAGCCCUCAAUCUUUUUCUCUUCGCCCUGAAUGUAUCAACUACUUGGUCUGCAACUAUUGUGCUGAUCCUUUCAGUGAUUAUGUGUUCUCCUGCACAACUCAUCAUGAAGUAAAAAUUUGUGGAAACUGUAUGAGAAAGAAAAACACCUGCUUUUAUUGUAAACGAGAUAUGGUGCGUAAUCACCAAAUUGAAGAAAUCUUAGGGAUGAUCUCACUUUUAUGUGAGCUAUGUGGACAACAAGUCAGGAUGUCUGAUCUUUCUAGACACAAAAAGACCUGCGGAGUUAACAGAAUUCAUUAUUGUUCAUAUGAAACUGGGGAAAAUAGAUGUGGAUUCUAUAGCGAAUAUGCUAACGCGAUAUUCACACAUUAUAUGGAAUGCCAUCACGUAGCUGAAGUAUCAGGCUCAAGUGACGUAAUUGUGCUGCCUCAUGCACAAAUACAGUUUAAUUUGAGAGAUCUGGAAAAGCCAUUGAAAUCUCUAUAUUCUUUUUCAUAAUAAAUAAAUUUUUCUAUAUAUAUUGCUCUUAACCUAUUUAAUAUAUUUUUACUAUACACAGUUUACCGUGCUUUACAUCAUUAUAUUAUAUUUAUAUUUUAAAUAUUCAAGGUACAAAACUACUACUCGAGUUCUUGUAUAGAACAAGCACUCGGUCGUUUCUCUUCAUUCUGAGAUCAGAACAACAGUUAAGUGUGCAGCUGCAGCUUUUAGUUCCAAAAGUGUCAGUUUUUGGAUUAUCAAGCUGCCUGCAAGGUGAUCAAGUUGAAUACCGAGAAGGAAACACAAUCCUCUUCACGUCAGGAACUCCUAUGCAUAUUGAUCAAUCCGAUAUAAUUCGAAGUAUCUGUGCAUUUGAGUUGGAUGUCUUUGAAGUCUUUGAAAAAUACUCUAUGAUUCAUGGAGAUUGCAGAUUUGUACAAUUCGGGAUUAAGUUGCAUCAAUAA